UAUAUUCCACCAUUUCAAACUUGCACUCUUCAUUCUCACAGUAUACAAAAAAAGGAAGUAUUUUAGCACAAGUACAAGAUGUCGUUAGGCUUUGAAAAUUUCAUUCAUUCCGGUAAAGGGAAGGGUGAGAUGGGGUACGACGUGCCGGAGGGAGUGGACGUGAGGGGAAGAUUCGACCCCGACUUCGCCAAAAUUCUCAGCAAGGAUGCAUUGCAAUUUGUCGCUGAUCUGCACAGGGAGUUCAGAGGCCAUGUUAAGUACGCCAUGAGUUGCAGAGAGGCGGCGAAGUCGCGGUACAACGGCGGCGCGCUGCCGGGGUUUGAUUCCGCCACCAAAUACAUAAGGGAAGGGGAGUGGGUCUGCGCUCCCGUUCCGCCGGCGGUGGCGGACCGGAAGGUGGAGAUCACCGGGCCGGUGGAAAGGAAAAUGGUCAUCAAUGCUCUCAAUUCCGGAGCCAAAGUUUUCAUGGCUGAUUUUGAAGAUGCACUGUCUCCGAGCUGGGAGAAUCUAAUGAGAGGGCAGGUGAAUUUGAGGGACGCCGUUAACGGGACCAUAACCUUCCAUGACCAAGCGAGAAACAGGGUGUACAAGUUGAACAAGGAGACUGCCAAGCUCUUUGUCCGGCCGAGAGGGUGGCACUUGCCGGAAUCUCAUAUCUUCAUCGACGGCGAGCCCGCCGUCGGUUGCCUCGUUGAUUUUGGCCUCUAUUUCUUCCACAACUAUAACAACUUCCGCAAGAAUCAAGGCCAGGGCUAUGGCCCUUUCUUCUACCUCCCCAAAAUGGAGCACUCCAGGGAAGCAAGGAUUUGGGACAACGUGUUUUCGAGAGCAGAGAAAUGGGGUGGAGUGGAGAAAGGAAGCAUAAGGGCAACAGUCCUGAUUGAAACCCUCCCAGCAGUGUUUCAAAUGGAUGAAAUCCUGUAUGAACUGAGGGAUCACUCCCUCGGCCUUAACUGUGGAAGAUGGGAUUACAUUUUCAGCUAUGUCAAAACCUUCCAAGCCCACCCGGACCGCCUGCUCCCCGACCGCGUCCAAGUCGGCAUGACCCAACACUUCAUGAGAAGCUACUCCGACCUCCUCAUCCGCACCUGCCACCGCCGCGGCGCCCACGCCAUGGGAGGCAUGGCGGCUCAGAUUCCGAUCCGGGAUGAUCCGGCGGCGAACGAGGCGGCGUUAGAGCUGGUAAGGAAGGAUAAGCUGCGGGAGGUGAAAGCAGGGCACGACGGAACAUGGGCGGCGCAUCCAGGGCUGAUACCGGCCUGCAUGCAAGUCUUCACCGACAACAUGGGAAACAACAUUCCCAACCAAAUCCACACAGCCAAGCGCGACGACGCCGCCGCCCUGACGGAGCAAGACCUCCUGCAAAUCCCGCGGGGUUCCCGGACCAUGGAAGGCCUGCGGCUGAACACCAGAGUCGGAAUUCAGUACCUGGCGGCGUGGCUCACCGGAACAGGCUCCGUCCCGCUCUACAACCUCAUGGAGGACGCCGCCACGGCGGAGAUCAGCCGCGUCCAGAACUGGCAGUGGCUCAGGUACGGGGCGGAGCUGGACGGCGAUGGGGCCGGGGUGAAGGUGAACAGGGAAGUGUUUGGGAGAGUGGUGGAGGAGGAGAUGGGGAGGAUUGAGAGAGAAGUGGGAAAGGAGAAGUUCAAGAAUGGAAAGUACAAGGAAGCAUGCAAGAUGUUCACCCAACAAUGCACGGCCACAACGUUGGACGAUUUUCUCACGUUGGAUGCUUACAGUCACAUCGUCAUCCAUCAUCCUAAUAACAAUGGACCUUCCAGGCUCUGAGAUUAUUAUUCAUAUAAUAAUUCACUUCACUCAUAUCAUAUAUCAACAAUUUUAUGUUUUUCAUUUCUGUCUGUUUUCAUUUUCUUUAUAGUGUAAUGUUUGGACUUGUA